AGCAGCCCGUGAAACACUCUUAAUUAUUAUAUUCCGUUCACAGAGAGGACAAUUGAGGCCCCAAGAGGCCCAAGGUCACAUCAGGCAGUGAAUGCGGAUCCCAGGCUUUUCCUGGGUCUUGCACCCUCCAGGAUGCAGGACAACCCGGCUCCCCAGUCUCGAACCCGCCCGGACUCAGACCAGUCCUGGCGUGUAGAGGGGGCGGCCAGGAGGCGCCAGACUUGCCAGCUGCCUGCGGGGUGCCACGUGAGGGGCGGAGACCCUGCGGGGAAGUGAUUAAAAGCCGAACGGAGCUGCAGGGGGCUGCAGCGGGGAGGGUCUUCUUGGGGUGGCCUUGCCCCGCCCAGUCCCGCCGCCGUGCGGGUUUCGGCGCCUGCUCCGAGGGCCGGGAUCCCCGGCAUGAGCGGGGAGUGGGGGGCCGGGGGGCCUCGGUGCCAGGAGGCGCUCGCGGUCCUGGCCUCUCUGUGCCGGGCCCGGCCGCCCCCUCCCGGGCUGGACGCGGAGACUUGUCGGGGCUUUGAGCUACAGCCCCCAGAGCGGAGUCCGAGCGCGGCCGACGCAGGCACCUCCGUCAGCCUCCUCGCCGUCGUAGUUGUUGUGUGUGGCGUGGCCCUGGUGGCAGUUUUUCUCUUUCUCUUUUGGAAGCUGUGCUGGAUGCCCUGGAGGGGCAAGGAGGCCUCCAGCCCCAAUUCUGCUAACCCCCUCCCGGAGGCCCUCCAGAGCCCCAGCUCCAGGGGCAUCAUGGCGGACAAGCUGAAGGACCCCGGCGCGCUGGGAUUCCUGGAGACGGCUGUGAAGAUCAGCCACACGUCCCCAGACAUCCCCGCCGAGGUGCAGAUGUCCGUCAAGGAGCACCUCAUACGCCACACGCGGCUGCAGAGACAGACCACGGAGCCGGCGUCGUCCACCAGGCACACGUCCUUCAAGCGCCACCUGCCCCGGCAGAUGCACGUGUCCAGUGUGGAUUACGGCAACGAACUGCCGCCCUCCGCGGAGCAGCCCACCAGCAUCGGCCGCAUCAAACCCGAGCUCUACAAGCAGAAGUCGGUGGAUGGGGACGAGGCCAAAUCUGAAGCCGCGAAGAGCUGCGGGAAGAUCAACUUCAGUCUCCGCUAUGACUAUGAGAGCGAGACCUUGAUCGUGCGCAUCCUGAAGGCCUUCGACCUCCCCGCCAAGGACUUCUGUGGCAGUUCUGACCCUUAUGUCAAGAUCUACCUCCUGCCUGACCGCAAAUGCAAGCUGCAGACCCGGGUGCACCGCAAGACCCUGAACCCCACCUUCGACGAGAACUUCCAUUUCCCUGUGCCCUAUGAGGAGCUGGCUGACCGCAAGCUGCACCUCAGUGUCUUUGAUUUCGACCGUUUCUCCCGCCAUGACAUGAUUGGGGAGGUCAUCCUGGACAACCUCUUUGAGGCCUCCGACCUGUCCCGGGAAACCUCCAUCUGGAAGGACAUCCAAUAUGCCACCAGUGAAAGUGUGGAUUUGGGCGAGAUCAUGUUCUCACUCUGCUACCUGCCCACGGCAGGCAGGCUCACGCUCACCGUGAUCAAAUGCCGGAACCUGAAGGCCAUGGACAUCACAGGCUACUCAGAUCCAUAUGUCAAAGUGUCCCUGCUUUGCGAUGGGCGAAGACUGAAGAAGAAGAAAACAACCAUAAAGAAGAACACGCUCAAUCCGGUCUACAACGAGGCCAUCAUCUUUGACAUCCCUCCGGAGAACAUGGACCAAGUCAGCCUGCUCAUCUCGGUCAUGGAUUAUGACCGAGUGGGCCACAACGAGAUCAUAGGAGUGUGUCGUGUGGGGAUCAGUGCUGAAGGCCUGGGCAGGGACCACUGGAACGAGAUGCUGGCCUACCCGCGGAAGCCCAUCGCUCACUGGCACUCCUUGGUGGAGGUAAAGAAAUCCUUCAAAGAGUGGCAGGGCCGAGCCACCAGCGUCGACAGUGAGGGCUCCAGCCCAUCUCCGAAACCACCUCCGACACCCUGAGCUGCACCACCGCGGACGCCGGCGGACUCAGCAGUGUUCAUUUUGCGCUCGUUCAACUGUCUGCACAGCGCCGUGCGGAGUGGGGGCACCAGGGGCGACCCCCGAGUCUUCACUGCUCCGUAGGUCAAGGCCAAGACACCUGUCCUGUGGUCAGAUCUGUCUUCGUUUUUUCCGUCUCCCAAGGUGAUGUUUUUUGUGGUUUUCACUUUCUAUGGAUCCUGCUGUCAAGAUGAGAAAAGGUGAAUCAUGGAGAGCCCCGAAGUUGGUUUUAGGAAACAGUGUAAAAUAGUCGUCUUUGGGGCGAGGCGGUUUGAGUUUCUGACGUUUUGUGUCUCCACCCAGCGCCCCCACCCAAGAAGGCAUGGAAGCAGGUAGCUGUCUCUGGGCCCUGCAGGAGUAGUGCCCGUCAGCAGAAGUACUGUAUAGACAUCAGACUCAGUGUGACCCAGGUGAUGAGGACUCCUGGUCCCUUGUGGACGUGGGGUGCCAUCAGCUGGCUGUGUGGGGCUCCCAGCCCGCCCCGUCCUCCUGAAUUGAAAGCGUGCUCCCUCAUGGGAACGUAGUCGCUGUCUUUAGGAACAAUUCUGCUGAAAGGAAACUUGCCAUAUGUUUUCUGGCGCGCCACAGUUAAUGACCACAUUUGUUUGAAAAUAGGAUCUUUGUUCUCAAAAAUAAUCUUCACUGUAAAGAAAAGGAGGCGCAUAUGUUGGAGAAUGAUUUCUGCGUUAUACAUAGCUUUAGAAUCCCACGAAGUACCAAGCAGCUGUUUAAAAAGCCUAAAUAGAUCAAAGCAAAACUGAGAUAAAAUGUUCUUUCCUGAAUGGGGAGUCUUGAAACCCCAGGGAUGGUGGGGGUCCAUCUUUCCACGCGAGUGUUUUGUGGAUGGACGCUGGGUCAGCUUAAGCCAAUUCAGCCCCCUUGACACUGGGACAGUAUUCACCUUAAACUUUAGUUCUAUAAAUUACUAAGUAUUUCAGUGUUUGUUUCAGUGGUAGUGAAGGGUUUUCUUUUCCUUUAGAACUCUACCUUAGCCAAAUUCAGUUAAGGAAAAAAAUGUUAAACUCUUCUGUAUUGUAUAUUAUGCUUAUGUUGAGUUGCUAGUGACCUCCCCUUCCAACCCCCUAUACUUAGGUUGAUUUGCUCAAUCUUAGUCUGUAUCGCCCUGGUAAAUGUGUGAAGUUUCCACUUCAACUUGACACGACACCGCGUCGAUUUCCAGAGUGGAGGUUCCGCCUUGAGAGGCCCCGGCUGCGGAAGAAGGCCUUCUUUCUGCUUUGGAAGAUCGAGACCGGAAAAGCUACCCACAUGCGUGUGUCUUACUCUUUCUAGGUGUCAUCUGCUUUAGGGACAGCAACUCAAUAAAGUCAUCCUCAUUUUCA